GAGAGAGAGAGAGAGAGAGAGAUCGUUUAUUUUUUUGGGGCUUUGUCGCGUGGCUUUAAAGACCCUCCUUCCAUAUUUCCAUUUCAUUAUUCUUACCAAACCCUAGCUCGUCUCCACACCCAUUCCUAAUCCCUCAGCUCCUCUUCAAGAACCUAGAAUAAAAUCCAUAAUCUCAAGGGCCAAAAUAAACCCUAAUACCGCUUUCCCCAUAUCCCUUUUUCUUUUUGUUUGGUAAUUAAACUUUCCUCAUGAGCGGCGGAGGAAGCAGCAGCGAAGGAAACGGGCCAUGCGGGGCAUGCAAGUUUCUAAGGAGGAAGUGCGUCCCCGGCUGCAUAUUCGCGCCGUACUUCGACUCGGAGCAAGGCGCCACUUACUUCGCCGCGGUUCACAAGGUCUUUGGCGCAAGCAAUGUCUCGAAGCUUCUCCUCCAAAUCCCCGUUCAUAAGCGGUCCGACGCGGUCAUAACCAUCUCCUACGAGGCUCACGCUCGGCUCAGGGACCCUGUCUAUGGCUGCGUCGCUCAAAUCUUCGCUCUUCAGCAGCAGGUGGUGAAUCUACAGACAGAACUGUCUUUCUUACAAGCCCAUUUGGCAACACUAGAGCCACCGCAGCUGCGACCGCCGCCGCCACCGCCUCCGGUUGUGGUUCCUCCGCCGCUUACGAUCUCCGACUUGCCGGUGUUCUCGGCCUCUCCACCGACGACGUACGAUCUGUCUUCCUUUUUUGAUCCGACGGCUCUGAGGACUCCCUCGUCGUCGUCGUCGUGGGCCAACAUGCAGCGGAGAAUCGUCGAUCCACGUCAGCAAUACGGCGCCGUAUCGUCUUCGUCGGGAAAUGAGCUUCAGACGUUGGCUCAUGAGCUCUUCCAACGACACGUGUCUCCUCCUCCCCCACCACCGCCUCCGGCCACCGACGGCUCCCCCUCUCGCUCGAUGUCUAGAUGAUAUAUAUAUAUAUAUAUUUCUUCCUCUUGUUAUUAGGAACAUAUACUAUAUUAAAUGCGAUUAAUUUCCUAUGAAAGCGUAUUAAGUAAAUUAUCUAACAUUAACAUUGUAUCACAUUUACCAAAAAAAAAAAACAUUGUAUCACUUGAGUAUGAGUAUAUGAGUUGGCCCAACUAACGAGGCCUAAAUGAUACCAUGGGCCUUAUCUUUUGAAG